GUGGUAGUGUUGUGAAAUUGCAAGGAAUGAUGGUGAAACAUCCAGUGAAAAUGUUUCAGUGAGAAAGUUUGUGGAAAAAUACUGGGUGACAUUUCCUUCUCGGGAAGGAGACAUGAAUUAUUGGAAAAAUCUUCUGUGGAACUUUGUUCUUGUACUCUCCCUCAUCCUCGUCACAAGCAGCAUCAACGUACCGACACUCUUGGAUAUGAGAAUCAUUCAGACAACAUGCAGAACUAUUCCGGGAUUCACGAAGGAGCAAAUUGAGCUCUGCCUGCGAGCGAAUGACGUCACAAUGGCAGCUCUCGAUGGACUCGAAUUGGCCAUUCAAGAAUGUCAGAAUCAGUUUCGCUGGCACAGAUGGAAUUGUUCGUCUCUCAGCAACAAAAGUCGAAAUCCUUACGCAUCGAAUCUCCUGAAAAGAGGAUACAGAGAAAGCGCCUUUGCGUACGCAAUUGCGGCCGCUGGAGUGGCUCACAAUGUGGCAAAAGCUUGUAGUCAAGGAAAGCUUCUGUCUUGCGGUUGUGAUCCAUCCAUUAACCGUCGCGGUCUCAGCAAGUAUCUGAGAGAGUCCGUGAUUGAAGAUCGCACCCUGAAUUCAGUCAAUUCCAUCGAUAAGCAGAAUAUUCGGUCUCGAAUGGCGCAUCGUUGGAAGUGGGGUGGAUGCUCUCACAACAUGGACUUUGGGGAGGAAUUCGCUGAGCUCUUCCUGGAUGUCCGAGAGCGCGGCGGUGACAUUCAGUCCCAAAUAAAUCUGCACAAUAAUCGUGUUGGCAGGCGAGCAGUGGCCAACAACAUGAUCAUCCGCUGCAAAUGCCAUGGAAUGUCCGGAAGUUGUCAGUUGAAAACUUGCUGGCGAUCGGCACCGGAAUUUUCAGUCGUUGGAAGAGUACUGAAGCAGCAAUUUAGGAGGGCUGUUCUUGUGGAUCAGUCGAAUAUUGGGAACGGACCUCCAAUGGUUGUUGUGAGCCAUAAGAACAAGAAGAGGCGAAAAAAUAGGCCAUCGAGGAAAACGCCAGCUGGACGAAUGUACAACGGGGGGCUGAGAAAGCUGGAGAAUUCUCUUUUCUACUAUCAGAGAUCACCGAAUUUCUGCGAGAAGGAUUCCAACUCAGACAUUCCAGGAACAACUGGGAGGAGAUGCAACAGAACGAGCUCUGGGAAUGACGGAUGUGCUUCUCUCUGUUGUGGCCGCGGCUACAGCUUGAUCCGCGAGCAGAGAGUCGAGAGAUGCCAUUGCAAGUUCCACUGGUGCUGCUUCGUCGAGUGUCAACGUUGCGACGUCGAAGAGUGGAUCAGUAUCUGCAACUAAGUCUCGGAAAUUUGUCUAAAGAAUCAGUAUUACAUCUAUUUAGUCUUAUUUAAUCAUGUGAAAAGAGUGAAAAUAAAUGUUAGAA